AUGUCUUCCCCUGAGGCCCAGGACGACAUUUCCGUCGGCGAUGUGUUCACUCCACAGGCCGACAGCGCGCAGCCGUCCAUCGAAAUUUCGACCAAUCACCGUGGCCCGGAUGUUCACAUGGGCGAUCAGCUUUCGCCGCGCAAACUUAUGGCUGCUUACGGCGAGGGAGAGAAUGUCAUACAGCCUCCCGCAUUCCCAACCCUCUUAACUGGGAGACAGCGCCGGAAGAAGAAGAAGAAGGUGCAGACCGGCCCGGCCGACCCAGCCCUAUCGACUGUCCACGGCUUCACCCCGCUUGCUUCUGGCGAUGAGGAUUCGGACUUUUCCACCACAAGUUCUCGCGCUGCAGACUCACGACCGGCUACUUCCCUCGGUGGAGCGAGUCCACGUGUGCAGCCUACUGCCGGUCAUGGGGUGAGCGCAUUGAAGCUCCAGUUGGAUUCGUUGAGUCUUUCUGGAAAGCCGACGGCUGGUACCUCGGGACUUUGCUCCGCGACUCCCAGCAAUGCGAGUGUCUACUCUGACAGUGAUCAAACUGAGGUCUUGACCAGCUAUGAGGUGCCUCUUGACCAGGAUUUCGUCAGUGCGGACGCCGACAAGGAAGAGGUCACCACAGGUUCGAGCCCUUGUGCAGUUGCUGUUAAUGGCACCGAUAUUCGCAGCCAGAUCUGCCGGAAGAUGACCGCGGAGGAUUUUGAGCCCCUGCUCUGCCUCGGCAAAGGCUCUUUCGGAACCGUGUUGCUAGUUCGCCAUGUCAUCACGGGCAAACUCUAUGCACAGAAGCAGUUUCGCAAGGCAUCAAUCACCGUUCAUAAGAAGUUGGUGGAACAGACCAAGACAGAGCGCAUGGUACUGGAAAGUAUCAAUCGUCACCCGUUCGUGGUGAAGUUAUUUUAUGCUUUCCAAGACCAUGAGAAGCUGUACCUCAUUUUGGAAUACGCCCAAGGUGGCGAGCUAUUUACCCACCUUGCAAUGGAGCGCAUGUUUCAGGAAGAUACGGCUGCUUUUUACAUGGCGGAGAUGGUUCUCGCACUUGAACACCUGCAUCAGAAUGUCGGCGUGCUUUAUCGCGACCUGAAGCCGGAGAACUGUCUCCUCGACCACGAAGGCCACUUAUUGCUCACCGACUUUGGCCUUAGCAAGAUCGCUCUCAGUGAUGAUGACCGCUGUAACUCUUCCCUCGGCACGAUCGAGUACAUGGCGCCAGAAGUUGUCCAGGGCAAGCCCUACGGCAAAGCCUGUGACUGGUGGUCCCUCGGCGCCCUCGGCUUCGACCUCCUCACUGGCUCCCCACCCUUCCGCGCAGGCAAUCAUGCCAAGCUUCAAGAGAAGAUCAUCAAGCAGAAACUCGUUAUUCCUUACUUCAUUGGACCCGACGCCAAAGACCUGCUCAUCCGUCUUCUGCGCAAGGACCCCAACAAGCGACUGGGAUAUCACAUGCCCAAGGAUAUGCAGACUAUCAAGAAACACCGUUUCUUCCGCAAGAUUGACUGGGCUACUCUCGAGCGCCGCGAGCUCACCCCGCCAAUCCAACCCAUCGUCACGGACCCGGCCCUGGCGGAGAAUUUCUCUGAGGACUUCACUCAGAUUCCCCUGAGCCCUUCGCUCGCUGGUGGAUUUGAUGAUCUCUACGAUGCGGCUGGCCGGAACCGCCUAUCUGGAGUUGCAGGGCAGACUCCUGGCGAUGGUGACCCCUUCGGUGGAUUUAGCUUCGUGGCACCAAGCUCGCUACUGGACCAGGGGUUAGGCGUGAUGACAGCGGGUGUGUAA